GCAUAUUAGUCUCACUGCUAUGUAUUCAGCCAAUCUAGAGGGCAGUAAAAAUUAUUUAUUUAUUUUGGUUUAAGCAUGCACACGAGGCAGCUUUCAAGAGCUCUGCGAUCGAGGUAGCAUCGGUAACCGUCUAGUCCUCAGAAAUGCCAACUUCACAGACAGAGAGAGCAACCGAGAGAGAGAGGGUGUGAAAAAUUGCAGCAAAGAUCAGAUAGCAGACAAGGGUAAGAGAGAGAGAGAGAGAGAGAGAGAGACGUGUUUUUAACGUUCAAAGAGAGUCAUCGUUGAGGUGCUGGUGAGAGAUUAGUGACACUCUGAACAUCCGAACACCAGAGGGAUGACCACAGCCUUGCUAAAGAUUACUGGAACAUCACUGGAUCAACACUAGGGACCAUUAAUGAAACAUUUUGAUGUUGUUAGCAAAGGAAUCUAAUCUGCAGCCUGUAGAUAGGAAGCCUCCUUCUAAUAUAUGCAUACGGUACAUGUGUGACGUUAAAGAUGAGGACCUCGCUGGACAGUCAGGAUGCUUUUUGUUUUCUUGGAAGGGAUCACUCUCCUUCAGAGGAACCUUAAAGAAACUCAGCGGAAUCAUGCUUUAGUUCAACUUGAGAUCUAGCGAGAGAACCCAGUUCGCUUUCUCACCUUUUAAAUUACAUGCACACGUCAACACAGGGGAGAGUAAAGGCAUCCUGAACAGCGAUUGAUCCACUGUUACCUUGGUCCUCUCUCCCACUUACUGAUUCUGGCGGGGCAGAGUGGCAUGAGCGUGGGCAGGCCCCACCGUUACAACAUUGUAUCAUCGUCCGAGGAGGACGUGUAUCGCCACGGCAACAUGCCCGCCCUUGGCAAUGGCUUUGGCAACGGCAAGAUCCAGACACGGCGGAAGGCGCGAUGCCGCUUCGUCAACAAGACGGGCCAGUGCAAUAUCAGUUUUGUGCAUAUGGACGAGCAAUCCCAGCGUUACCUCGCUGACCUUUUUACCACGUUUGUGGACAGUCGCUGGCGCUGGAUGUUCCUCCUUUUCUCACUUGCGUUCAUCCUGUCCUGGCUCGCGUUUGGUUUUGCCUUCUGGGUCAUUGCUCUUGUCCACGGCGACCUAGACCGACCCGCUGGAGAAGACUUCACACCGUGCGUCAUGCAGGUCAACAGCUUUGCGGCAGCAUUCCUGUUCUCAGUUGAGACGCAAACCACGAUCGGAUAUGGAUUUCGCUGUGUGACCGAAGAGUGUCCUCUAGCCGUGUUCAUGGUCGUCUUUCAGUCUAUCUUAGGCUGCAUCAUUGAUGCUUUUAUGAUCGGCGCCAUCAUGGCCAAAAUGGCACGGCCUAAGAAACGCGCAGAGACGAUACUGUUUUCGCACAACGCCGUCAUUUCUAUGCGCGAUGGGAAGCUGUGCCUAAUGUGGCGGGUUGGAAACUUGAGGAAAAGUCACAUUGUAGAGGCCCACGUGCGGGCGCAACUUAUCAAGCCUCGGAUAACAGAGGAGGGCGAGUACAUCCCCUUCGAUCAGAUCGAUAUAAAUGUGGGAUACGACCUGGGUUUCGACCGCAUCUUCCUAGUUGCUCCCCUAACUAUCAUCCAUGAAAUAAAUGAGGACAGCCCGCUUUUUGGAAUCAGCAAGCAGGACCUGGAAACAUCAGAUUUCGAGAUUGUGGUGAUACUAGAAGGGAUGGUUGAAGCGACUGCGAUGACGGCUCAGGUACGCAGCUCCUAUCUGGCCAGCGAGAUCUUAUGGGGCCAUCGCUUUGAGCCAGUGGUGUUUGAGGAACGGAACCAAUAUAAAGUAGACUACUCACACUUUCAUAAGACUUACGAGGUGCCCUCAACGCCACACUGCAGUCCCAAAGACAUUGAUGAAAACAAAUCGCUGGAGUCUGGUGGCAACUUCUGUUACGAGAACGAGCUCGCCUUCAUUAGCAGGGAUGAAGAGGAGCAGGAAGUGGAGAAUGGUGAGAGAGGGACUGAGCUAGAGACCCUGUCUGCCAAUAUGAACUCUGAUCAAAGGUCAUACCACAAAGAAUCUGAAAUAUGACCUUUCAUCUCCGUGACCCCUUUGAUGACUUUGCUUUUUUGUAGAACUCCUACUCUUUUUGUGUCGGUUGUCAUGGGUAGAUACAGAGAAAUGCAAGUGCCAUAUUCAAAGCCUUGACCCACUGUCCAAGAGCCAUGCUGUAGUGAAGGGCAGGUCAGGAAAGAAAGUGCUUUUGUUGUUGUUGGAAAUGCGAGGCCUUCCUGUAGGAAAACUUGAAAAAUGGACUAUCUGUUUAAUAAUGUAGUUUCAAGUGAUAGCUUUAAGUAGUAUCAUUAUGCAAUACAAAGCUAGCCUGGGUGCCAUAUUGACUAAACAUUUGCACAAACUAGACCUCUAGAGUGUUUGCUUGUAUGUUAAGUAGAACAUGACAAACUAUGUUUUGUGUGACUUGCAGCAAUAAAAUGUCUUACAUUCAUCCAUC